UUACGCAACGAAAUAAUGUCUUUGGCAUAUACAUACCAUAGAUAUUUAGUAGACAGGGAGAACCACAUAUUUUAUAUGUUUAAAUGCACUGUUCCGAACCAUGUCACACUCAGUCGAGCUCCGGGCACUCUUUGGGAAAUGGGCAACGCAGACGCUAAAAAAGAUGAAGGCCAAAAAACGGGCAAAAAGACUCACCGCAAGCUGAAGGAUGAACUGGAUCUAGUGGAGAAGAAGGCGUGUGCCUCUUGCGGCAAGAAAUGUUUGUUGGUUUUCGGCGUCGUUCUCAGUGUCGCUGUUGUCUUGUUGAGUCUAGCAGAGAUAGCGUCGACGGUGUCCACAGCAAUCGCCACUAAGCUGUUUAGUAGCGAAUUGUCCGGGCGAGUAGUAGCUUACAUCGUGCUAGCUGUGACUGCAGCGGUGGCUUUAUCUGCUGCCAUUUUUGCUGUAGUCAAACUGUUUAAGAAGAAAAAGAAAUCGCUGAAAAUCGUUGGAGGCGUCCUCUUCCUUCUGGCAGUAAUUCAAGCAAUAAUAGCUGGGGUCUCGGUGAAGGUGACCGUCAAAGACGAGUAUACCCUCGCGGAGUCCCUCAGGGAAUCCUUCCAUUUGGCAGCACAGGGGAACCAGGCUCACGUAAAGAAAUGGGCUACAACCAGCAGUGACCUCCAAUGCUGCGGGCUCUUCGGGCCAGAGGACUACAGACAGCCAAAUUCCUCACCCCUUUUCCCUCCAGACGUCCCUAUCUACUGCUGUCCCACGUAUAACUCCACUCAGUCGGCGAUUUUACAGGAAGUGGCCAGGCAAAUCUGCAAGUCUACCAGGUCGUACUACAAGAUAGGGUGCGGGGGACUGGUCCAGAAACUCGUCGUGAAGUUCGCUGACAUGGUGCUAACUAUCAGCAUUGUAUUGAUAGUUCUUGAGGUCAUACUGUCAUUGUAUUUGCAUGUGGUAUACAUAAAAAAUAAAAAAGAGACACAAUCUGAUAACGAUCACGAUAAGGACCAUGGCGGAGAAAAUGGAGACCCAAAACCUGAACCUCACAGUUGAAUAAAUUAGCUACUGAUACAUAUAAUAAAUGAACAAUACAAUUUACUCUAUAUAAUACUAUUCCUCGUGGACAGUGGCGCCACGCUCGUGGUCCUUAUUUAAUUGUGUAAGUUCAAUCCCUUUAAAAUUGUCACACGGUCGUACGAUGAUGAGACAGUCCAACAGAGUUUUCAAAUGUAUAUUUAUAUCAAGCAAAUUAAGUAGAAAUCGCUUUAUUUUUAAAACUUUUUAAUAAACGAUGAGCCUGGA